CCUCUCAUCUUUUUCUAUUUCAGUCUCACUGUCUGGUAUCUUCUUCUCUGCCCUGCCUUUUCUUCUUCUACUUCUCCCUUAGCAACUAGCUAGCCCUGCUUGAGCUUCAUUAUAGGCAGUAGGCAGCAUGAAGGAGAAUGGUUGCAGUAGGAAACAGGGUGCAGCUUCACCAUGCGCAGCUUGUAAGCUACUGAGGAGGAGGUGUGCGCAGGACUGUGUUUUUGCUCCUUACUUUCCUGCAGAUGAGCCCCAGAAGUUCGCUAAUGUUCACAAAGUCUUUGGUGCCAGUAAUGUCAACAAAAUGUUGCAGGAGCUACCGGAGCACCAGAGAGGAGAUGCGGUGAGUAGCAUGGUGUAUGAAGCAAAUGCAAGGGUCCGGGACCCGGUUUACGGGUGCGUCGGGGCCAUAUCAUCUCUGCAACAACAGAUUGAUGUGCUUCAAACUCAACUCGCUCUGGCUCAGGCUGAGGUGGUGCACCUUAGGGUUAGGCAGACGCAGUCCAUCUCCAACCACGGGCUGAGCCCCGCGAGCCCAAGUAAUAGCGGCUCGCCGUCGUCGCGGUUCAUUGGUUCACAGUCCCGGCCCAUUUUCGACAUGGAUAUGAUGAUGGACCAUAGCAGCUUGGGAUUGGGAGAGUCUAUGUGGUCCUGCUGAGCUUAAUUAGCUGAGAGUGACUAAUUAGCUUCUACUCUACCAUAUCCUAGAGAGUAAUUGAUCAUGCUUAAUUUUUCUUUCCUUACUAUACAUGGGGUAAAAUCUAGUGACGGUAAAAGCGGAGGCGGCGAGGACAGUGAUGGUACUGACUAAGGUUAUUCGCCCGCUUGGAUCCGAGAUCGGUUUCUAUGAGUUGCUAGAUUGUAAAUAUAGUUUUAACUUUUUAUAUAUUGGGUAAUCAUA